GCACCUUCGAGUUGUAUUUCAUUCGUGGAGUAGUGUUCAUACGCCGGUGGCAGAAACCUUUUAAAUAUAAAUUAUUUUUAAUUAAAAUAGUUGUUAGUGGAAGAAGUUGAAUUUUAAUAACAAUGCCGCCAUCAAAGGAGCGUUUGGCUCGGAUUAAGCUGGCUAAACAGGAAUUCCUGGUUAAAAAAGGAAUAGUUCAAAGGAAAACACCAACGGAAAUUCGCUCGCGGCGGCAAUCUGUUCGUGCAAAAACCGCCAAUAGCACCAAACAGGUCGACGACGUGGGCCGCGAGGCCGACGAAAACGAUAACAGUGCGAUUCCACAGCUAUCUACGGACGGUCACACAGUGCCAAAGGGAAUUUGUUCGCGGCGGCAAUCCGUCCGCGGAAAACCCUGUGACGUCGGUCGCGAGGGCGACAAAAGUGCGCCAACUCUGUUAUCUACGGCCGGUCACACGGUGCCGAGCAUUCCAACGGAAAUUCGCUCGCGGCGGCAAUCCGUUCGAGGAACAAGUGUCGACGUAGGCCGCGAGGACGACGAAAACGGCAAAAGCGCGAAAACUCUGGUAUCUACGGACGGUCACAUGGUGCCCAGCAUUCCAACGGGAAUUCGCUCGCGGCGGCAAUCCGUUCGAGGAACAACUGUCGACGUAGGCCGCGAGGACGACGAAAACGGCAAAAGCGCGAAAACUCUGGUAUCUACGGACGGUCACAUGGUGCCCAGCAUUCCAACGGGAAUUCGCUCGCGGCGGCAAUCUGUCCGUGCAAAGACCGCCAAUAGCACCAAACAGGUCGACGACGUAGGCCGCGAGGCCGACGAAAACGAUAACAGUGCGACUCCACAGCCAUCCACGGACGGUCACACAGUGCCAAACAAUCCAAAGAGAAUUUCUUCGCGGCGGCAAUCCGUCCGCGGAAAACCCUGUGACGUCGGUUGCGAGGGCGACAAAAACGACAAAAGUGCGACAACUCUGUUAUCUACGGCCGGUCACACGGUGCCGAGCAUUCCAACGGAAAUUCGCUCGCGGCGGCAAUCCGUUCGAGGAACAACUGUCGACGUAGGCCGCGAGGACGACGAAAACGGCAAAAGCGCGAAAACUCUGGUAUCUACGGACGGUCACAUGGUGCCCAGCAUUCCAACGGGAAUUCGCUCGCGGCGGCAAUCCGUUGAUGCAAAGACCACCAAUAACACCAAACAGGUCGACGGCGUAGGCCGCGAGGCCGACGAAAACGAUAGCAGUGCGACUCCACAGCCAUCCACGGACGGUCGCACAGUGCCAAACAAUCCAAAGGGAAUUUGUUCGCGGCGGAAAUCCGUCCGCGGAAAACCCUGUGACGACGGCCGCGAGGGCGACAAAAACGACAAAAGUGCGACAACUCUGUUAUCUACGGCCGGUCACACGGUGCCCAGCAUUCCAACGGGAAUUUGUUCGCGGCGGCAAUCCGUCCGCGGAAAAACCUGUGACGUCGGUCGCGAGGGCGACAAAAACGACAAAAGUGCGACAACUCUGCUAUCUACGGCCGGUCACACGGUGCCCAGCAUUCCAACGGGAAUUCGCUCGCGGCGGCAAUCCGUUCGCGGAACAACUGUCGACGUAGGCCGCGAGGACGACGAAAACGGCAAUAGCGCGAAAACUCUGCUAUCUACAGACGGUCACAUGGUGCCCAGCAUUCCAACGGGAAUUCGCUCGCGGCGGCAAUCCGUUCGCGGAACAACUGUCGACGUAGGCCGCGAGGAUGACGAAAACGGAAAAAGUCCGACAUCUCAGUUAUUCACGGCCAAAAAAUCGCACAUGGUGCCCAGCAUUCCAACGAAAAUUCAUAAGCGUCAGCAAUCAGUUGGCAAAUGGAACAAGAAUAACGCAGAACAUCUUAUUGGAGGUCGUGAGGAUAUCAAACAUGAAUACAAUAAAACAACAUCCCAGUUCUGUUCCGUCGGCCAUAUGGUGUCCAGUCCAACAAAGUUGAAAACUGCUACUAACGAGUCAGAAAGUUUCGUUACACCAUCGGCAAUUCGGGUGCAAACCGUUCGUCGUAAAACCGAGGACAGCAAGAAACGGGUCGUUGGAGGUUGUGAGAACAGCAGUGUGACAUUAUCUCAGCCAUCUUCUUCCGGCCAUCCAGUGUCCAGCUUUAUAAAGAUGAAACCCAUCCGCGGGAAAGCGAGAACUAAGACGGACCAGGUCCAGACCAGCAAAACCGAAUUCAGGACAACAUCCGAAUACGAAUUCCCAUCCAUGCACUCCAAGCUCGAAGGCAGUUUCUGGCAACCUAAGGGCAAGCCCAUCAACAUCAAAGGAAGGUCUUCGAUUCCUCAAAUCAAUGAUAGAACAGCGAGCUCUGAAGAGCAUGGCAAUGAAUCCGUCGUUACACCGCCGAAAAAUGCUAUUCCUAAUAUGCCAACUUCGUUACAAAGUGCAAGAGCAGGAGCAGGAGCGGACUUCCUUGGUUUGCCUCUUGUCGAGGCUUCCUCAAGCGUUUCAUGUAAGUUGGAGGCGGACACCGGACCGGGCACUGUUGAGUUGAAAGUUUCGUCAAAAGCUAAGAGUACUUGGUCGUUUAUUCGCGAGCUUCCGUUGAAAGACCUGGAUGAUUUCGUCAGAAGUUGGGAGCAGGGAUUUCGACUAAAGUCCGAGAACACGCCGGCUAAGGGUCGAAUGCGAUACUACAAUUGUAGCCGGAUCAAAGUACGUGCAAAGCCUCAAUGUACGCGACAACUAUUGGCCUUUAUACCCAACACUACAGGAGACGUGUCAGUCAGUGCUAAAGGACAACAUAGCUGCCAUGAAGCCCCAGCCGAAAACUUGGCACGGUCCAAGUUAGCAACCGGAGAUAAACAACUGAUUGAUAAACUAGUAGGAUCGGGUAUACCGUCGAUGCAUAUUAAACUACAGCUUCAAGCGAACAAUGGCAACUUUGCCAAAGGCUCGCUGAACUACGCAGUGAAAUCUUCAAGAGAAAAACUGUUCGGCACUGGAACGAUGUCUUUUGGUGAGCUGGAAACUUGGCUGUCAUCUAGAUGUGCUGUACCAGAUGAUGCUCGCGAGGCUUUCAUAAUCGGAAAAGACGUCGACCACGAUAACAGAAAAUUUCGGAUCAUAAUUUCUUCGAAACGUAUGCUCUCAUACCUCUGUCGUUUUUCAACGAUCGCUGCUGAUUGCACAUUUAAAAUCACUAUGCAGGGUAUCCACUUCUUGUAAUCUGCAUA